CUUGAACCUAAGAAAACUUGACAGCAGCCAUGAUUUCUCUCCGCCAACAACCAACCCUUCCCCUAGCCCUGAACUUUUCAGCACCGGUAACCCUCAACUCUUCAGCAUCGGUGCCCAAAAACCAAGUCUUCCUAGCCCGUCUCCGUACCUCCUCCUCGGCCGAUUGUAUCCUUGAAACUAAAAGAAUUCUUCGGGGUCGUUGUUACGAGAGUAUACCUCCUCCGGCUAACUGGGGUAUCAACAUAGUUGAGCGAGACCACGCCUUUGUCGUCACGAGGCACGGAAAAUACGUCAAAACUCUCCAAAGCGGCAUCCACUUGUUGAAUCCUUUUGUUGAUAAGAUUGUUGCCGUGCAAUACUUGAGGGAACAGGUAAUCGUAAUGCCAAUGGAAGUAGUACUCGGUGAUGAUCUAGUGGCUAUGGUUUAUUUUAAGCUUUUUAUAAAGGUUGUGGAUCCCAUUUUAGCAUCAUUUGGAUAUCCCUUUGUAGUAUUGUAUAAGGAUAGAGAACUCUGUCUAGAUUCUGUUUCUGCAUUAAUCAAGUUGGUUGAAACAGCAUUCCCUCCUCGUAGCAUGUUUGAAAAGAUGAUUUUCAAUCCGCUUUAUGACGAGUUGAGGAUGUUAUGUGAUCAUCAUUCUCACUAUGGAUUUCGUGGAUUUGUGGAGUUGGAAAUACUUGAAUAUUUUGAGAAAUUUGCUGAUAAAGUUUCCACGUAUGUGUCUAUUGACGAGGAUGAUGAAAUCAACAAAAUUGCAGCAGCUGGUGGAGUGAAGUGUUUGCAAUUUGAAUUGUGUUAUACUUACCUAAUGCGGAGGAACUCCAAGUUGAGGAUUACGAAGUGGAAGCAGCUGAUGGUGAUUCUUGAUGUACUUAUUUCUCUUUUUCUCCUCAACCUGCCCAGAGUGGCGAGAAUAAUGCAUGAGCAGUUCCUGGACAAAGUUAAUUCAAAGGCUGUGAAUAACGAGAUUGUCCAAGCUACAUACGAGAACUACAAGGUUCUUCUAGGAUCAGGGCUUAUAAAAUCAAGCUCAGAGGAGUGGUCCUUGUUAAAGAAUUUAGGUAGCUGGCUUGGGAAGUUAACUAUUAGUAGGAAUCAAGUUUUGAGGGCUCGUGAAAUAGACCCAAAGUCUUUGAUCAAGAAGGCAUAUGAGAAUGGUUGGAUGAUUGCUGUGAUCCCAUUUACUUGUAAGCUUUCAACACCAAUACCCAACAUUGGAACUCAUGUCAUCAUCAACAAGAAGCUAAGUGCCUUGGGGCUUGCACUUGUGGUUAACUCUCUGUUGACACGUUACAGAGUGGUUCCAAUUGCUAUGGACAGAGUUAUCAAAGAGAUUGUGUCUGGUAUUGUUCAACGCAGCAUUUCCAUAGCAACUCAAACAACAAAGGAUCUUGUCUUAAAGGACCAUGCAAUGGAGUCAGAUGAGACAUGGAUAUAUAAUGCAGCACACUUGAUGGUUGCAGGUUUGGCUGGAAGUCUUGCUCAUGUGACAUGCAAGGGUUUGAAUGUUGCAAGUGACCUGCUAGAACAAGCUUUGCAACUUGUUACUAAUGAUAACCUUGAUCUUGGCUGUGCAGUCAUUGAACAGGCUGCUACUGAUAAGGUGAUCUACUCAGAUGAAGAGCGCAAGUUCAACAAGGAUAUCACUGUUGGCCUUAUUCCAAGAGCUGCAACUGAGUUUGCCAUAUCUUUGCUCCAAAUUUUGGUCACUGAUGAAAGCAGAGUCGUCUCAGAAUUCCAUAAUCUUGUUGAUGCACUGGCGAAGCUUGCUGCCAAACCUGGGUCCUCUGAAUCAUCACAACAGUUGGUUGAUAUGAUCCGAAAUCCUUCUGCUAAUGUGGCUAUUUUUUUCUGGUGUAACUCUUGGAAAGCUCCUGAUCACUUGAUGGCAAACAAAGAAGAGAAUAGCAAUGUGGAGACCCAGGAACCAGAUCCUGCUGGUUUCAGGGAGCAACUCAGAGAACAUGAACAAUUACAAGAGGAAAAGAAAGAACUUCAAUCCGAGGCAUUUCUAAGAAUUCUACCUUUGCCCUUAUGGACUAGUUGCUUACCAGGGGCUAUGGUGUAGACAUAAAUUUCUAAAAUGGUCUCGAGUUGUCUGGUUUUUCAAGUGUACCCAUUGAGAAUCCAGUUAUAUAAAAAUAAUAUUGACAAGACUUUAAACUUCUGUUAACCUUUCUAUCUAUCCAUAGUGCAGUAAAUACUUUCACCUUUU